AGUGGCAACAAGACUGGCAGAUAAGCACGUUCUAAUCACACCGAAAUCUCCAGAAUAGUUUAGUUCCUGGGAAUGUUAGCAGUCCCAACUAAGUCGUUGUUGUGUUCACAAUCGUCCUGGUCAAUCCUUCUGGUGUGUCAGUUUGGUGAAAGAUGAACAAACUCGCAGAGAAUCUCAGUCGAUUUCGUCUCAUAACAUUUGACAUCACGGACACUCUGCUGCGCUUCCGGACCGCCCCCGCCGUGCAGUACGCCAAGGUGGCCUCGGAGUUUGGCUAUCCGAAUGUCGAUCAGACGAAUAUAGCAGCUAACUUUCCCAGACACUUCAGGCAGAUGGUGGAGAAGUUCCCCAUCUUCGGCUAUCAUCAUCCCGGAGAGAUUGGCGGAUGGAAGGAUUGGUGGCAACAGUUGGUCAUCCGUGUCUUCGAAGCGUCCAAUGCUAACAUCCCAAGCAGCGAUCUUAAGAAAAUUGCCAACUAUCUCGUCGUUUCCUAUGGCACGAGCGAGUGCUGGCGUCGCUGCUCAUCGGCAGAGCAUCUCGUGGGUGACAUCAAACAGCUGAAUAAGGUUGUGGGUGUGAUCACCAACUCUGACCCCAGGAUCCGGGAUGUCGUGAAGAGCCUAGAGCUGCCAGAGUUCGACUUCGUCUUGUGUUCUUAUGACAUUGGUGUGCAGAAGCCUCAUCGGGACAUUUUCCAGGCUGCCCUCAAACUGGCAGACCAGAGUAUAGUGGCCGAGGAGUGUCUUCACAUUGGUAAUACGCCACAUCUGGACUACUUAGGAGCCCACGAAGCCGGAUGGUCGAGCGUCCUCAUCACCAAUAACUCAGACAAUUGGCGGGAAUUCUCUGCGAAGAUUGAUGCUACAAAGGUAUUCCCAACUCUUCGACAAUUUCACGAAGCUCUCAAGAACAAGUCACUGAAUUUAUGAAGGAACAAAAUCAAAAGGAUAAGCAGACAUAGUGCAGUAAGAAAUCUCUUUUUGGCUUUUUAUAAAGAGAAAUAAAAGAUUAAUCAAGGAUCAUGAUUUUAAUCCCAUUUCUGUUGUGGGCGUUCAUCAUCAGAGGGCAGCACAAGAUUGACUAGGAAAAAAUGUCGGAAACUCCGCCGCUUUUUGAAGACUCCCAAAGCGCUUGCCACAGCCAGAAAAUUGUUGAUUUACUGAAGGAUCCUGACCUAGAAGCAUCUACACAAGAUCACAAGGUUGCAUUCUCGAACACGUAUGUGAUCAAGCGUCAUCAGCACAGUCCGGAUGUGAGUGCGAAGAAAAAGAAAGCCAACGAAGACAUGAUUGUGGAGAAGGUAAAAGACGCAAAAGAUCCAGGUGUGAUUGAAAUAGAAGACGACGAAGCACAAGAGCCGGAAGAUCUUAUCAGGUUCAGGCAGGAACGCGAAAAGCUGCGCAAAGUUAUUGAGGAACUCACAGAAAUGAAUGACCUCCUGGGAGAAUUUGUAGCGGCAUCGAAGAGGAAGUGAUCUCAUCCGU